CUCCGCCCACUCUCCCGGAAGACUCCGUCGACCAUCAUGGCGCUCGCGAGAAGUGUCUACAAUCUGCUCUUCAGAAGAACAUCAACUUUCGCUAUAACCAUCAUGGUGGGAGCUGUGGUCUUCGAGAGGGUGUUUGAUCAGGCUGGAGAAGCGGUGUUUGACAACAUUAAUCGAGGGAAACUCUGGAAACACAUCAAACACAAUUAUGAACAGAAGGAUGAAGAAUAAUGAUGAUCUUGUGGAGCGUCCUGUUUCCUGAUGUGACCUAGUUGGACAAUCCACUGCUUUUACAGUGUGCUACAGCCGCUGUGUUUCAUCAUCCAGCCGGAUUGUCCUGGGGACAUAGACAGAGACUCAUUAAAUGUGAUGUGUCCGUGAAUGUUCAGCUUGUCAUUGUGCUUUAUACCACAUUCUUCACCAUUUGCAAAUGUGUUGUUAAUGAAAAACUGUAUGAAUAAACCCAAAAACCCAGAA